AUGAGUUCACCUUGGCCAUUUGUGGCUUGGGGAAUGGAUGUCAUUGGCCCAAUAGAGCCAGCCGCCUCUAACAGACACAAAUUCAUUUUGGUUGCUAUUAGAUACUUCACCAAGUGGGUGGAAGCAGCUUCGUAUAAGUCGGUAACAAAAAAAGUUGUAGCUGAUUUUAUUUGCAAUAAUUUGAUAUAUAGAUUUAGAGUACCGGAAUCUAUCAUUACUAAUAAUGGAGCAAAUCUCAACAAUCAUUUGAUGAGAGAGAUAUGUGAACAAUUCAAGAUUACUCACCGAAACUCAACCGCUUAUCAUCCCCAAAUGAAUGGGGUUGUAGAAGUUGCUAACAAGAACAUCAAGAAAAUUCUGAGGAAAAUGAUUGAAAAUCAAAGAGGUUGGCAUGAGAUGUUGUUAUAUGCUUUAUUGGGUUAUAAAACGACCGUCAGAACGUCAAUCGGAGCUACUCCAUACUUGUUAAUUGACCAGCUAAGAUUGAUUGAUGAAAAGAGAAUGGUUGCUGUUUGUCAUGGUCAACUUUAUCGACCGAGAAUGAUUCGUACUUUCCACGAGAGAGUAAGAGCUAGAAUGUUCGAAAUUGGCCAGUUGGUUCUCAAACGCAUUUUCCUUCAUCAGGAUGAAUAUAAAGGGAAAUUUGCACCAAAUUGGCAAGGACCCUACAUGGUUCGCAAAGUGUUAUCUGGAGGUGCCUUGGUCCUGUCGGAGAUUUAUGGCAUCGAAUGGCUGAAACCGAUUAACUUAAAUGUUGUCAAGAGAUAUUAUGUGUGA